CUCGGUACGCGCAGGGCGGCCGGAGCAGCAUGGCGGAAGACGAGAGCGAUCAGGAGUCGGAGCGGCUCAGCGAGGAGCUGGAGGCGCUGGUGACGCCGGGUCUCCCCGCCGGGCUGCCGGCUCUUCUCAACAGUCAGUACUACUGCCGCCGCUUCUGCCAGGUUGUUGAAGACUAUGCUGGAAGAUGGCAGGUUCCUUUGCCUCAGCUUCAGGUGCUUCAGACAGCUCUCUGUUGUUUCACGUCUGCCUGUGUAUCAUUCCCAGCUGAAUGUGAGCACGUACAAUACGUAUUGAGUAGCCUAGCUUUGAGUUUUUUUGAAUUGCUGCUGUUCUUUGGAAAGGAUGAGUUCUAUGAAGAUCCUUUGAAAGAUAUUUUAGGUUCAAUCCAGGAAUGUCAGAACCUUCUAAAUAGAUACAGAAAUAUGAACUUGGAACUAGUGACGCGAAUCAUCCGAGAUGGUGGACCAUGGGAGGAUCCUGUAUUACAAGCAAUUCUUAAAGCAAAGCCUGUGUCACAGGAAUUAGUUAACAAAUAUUUAAGCUCUGAAAAUCCACUGUUCUUUGAACUACGUGCCAGAUACCUUAUUGCCUGUGAACGCAUCCCUGAGGCAAUGGCUCUUAUCAAAUCUUGCAUAAAUCAUCCAGAUAUCAGUAAAGAUCUGUAUUUCCAUCAAGCUCUUUUCACCUGUCUUUAUAUGUCACCAUUAGAAGAUCAGCUUUUCCAGGAGCACUUGUUGAGGACUGAUUGCAAGAGUGGAAUUGAGAUCAUCUGCAACACUGAAAAAGAAGGGAAGACUACCUUAGCCUUACAGCUAUGUGAAUCGUUCCUAGUCCCACAGCUUCAAAAUGGGGACAUGUAUUGUAUAUGGGACCUGAUCUUCAUUUGGAGUAAACUGCAGCUUAAAUCUAACCCAUCUAAACAAGUAUUUGUUGACCACUGCUACCAGCUUUUAAGAAUUGCUACAAAUGUCAGAGUAAUUUUCCCCUUCAUGAAAGUCAUUAAGGAUGAAGUUGGUGAAGAUGGUCUCCAGAUAUGUGUCGAGAUAUGUGGGUGUGCUCUACAGUUGGACCUCCGUGAAGAUCCCAUCAUGAAAAGUCUUAUUUAUAAAACAAUUGCUCAUUUUCUGCCAAAUGACUUGGAGAUCCUCAGAAUUUGUGCACUCUCAAUCUUUUUUCUUGAGCGCACCUUGGAAUCUUACUACACUGUUGAACAUUUAUAUAAAUGUGCAGAUGAAGAAUACAAUGAGUGCACUAGUUCUGUUCAAAACCGUGUACGUUUUGAAUUGCUUCCAAUUUUGAAAAAAGGUUUGUUUUUUGAUCCAGAGUUUUGGAAUUUCUUGAUGAUCAAGCAGAAUUGUUUAGCCUUAUUGGGGGAUAAAGCCUUUGUUGGCUCAAGUGAAAGUACACUGGAAAACUCUACUCCAAAUACAGAGAAGAUAACAGAGUAUAGUGCUCUGAGUGAGGAACGUGUCUGUUUAACAGAUGUAAGCAAUGGGGAGCUUGAACCUGAAGACCUCUCUGAAGCCCAGCCCAAAGGUAAUGCCAAAAAGAACCAUGAAGCUCUUGAGGCAUCUGAAAUGAUGGAUGAAACUGUACCAAGACACCGCUGUGUGAUAUGCAACAAGGAAUUUCUUGGUGGCCACAUUGUGAAACAUGCACAAGCUCACCAAAAAAAGGGCAGUUUUUCCUGUGUACUUUGCACCAGAAAGUUCAGGCAAAAAGGACUCAUGCUGAAGCACUUGAAAAAUCAUGUCAGGAAGAUAGAAAGGCAACAUCUUGCUGCAGUUCGUGAGGCUGGUCAGCAGGCUCCAGCUCUCAAUGAACUAGAAUGUUCUGAUGUUUCUCUCUCACUUGAAAAUGGGAAUGCUGAUGCUUCUAAAGAAAAUGAACCAGAGACUGCAGUAGCUUCAAGCGUUGACCAAGUGAUCCAAGUGGAGGAGGAGAAUGCAGAACAGGUAUUUGAUGCAGUGGGAAACCACUUAAGUGAUGAGGAUGAUGCUACUGAGAAUAGUAGUGACAGCUGUUUUAAUAAUGUUCCAGAUGCUUUAAGUACAGAAAGUUUGCCUGAAGAUGAUGAGAGCUCCAGUAAAGAGUCGCCUGUUCUGCAUAAAGUCAAUGGAGCCUUUUGCCUUCAAAAAGACAUUGAUGCUAUGGAUGAGGAAGGAAGCUUUAAGUGCCCUGCUAAUGGUUGUGCUAGAGUGUUCAAAAAGAUAAGAUUCCUCAAUAAACAUGCAAGAAAAGCUCAUCCAACUGAUCUGAAGGUGCAGCAGCAUAUAAUGAAAUGGAAUAAGGGAAAGUGCCGGUUCUGCCAGAGGAAAUUUGCUGAUUCCCAACAUUUUAUAGACCAUCUGAAGAGGCACGUGUAUCCAAAUGUUUACUUUUGUUUACACUUUAAUUGUAACCAGAGAUUUAAGCUGUCGACUGAACUUGCAGAGCAUACAAAAAGUCACAGUGUUUUUAAAGCUCAGUGCAAUUUUGCAGAGUGCUGUGAGCUAUUCGAAGAGCUUCCUUUGCUUUAUAAACAUGAGGCUCAGCAUUAUUUAAAUAAAACACUAGAAUGUUCAGAAGAUGCAAGUGAAAAAGAUUCUUCAGAUGAUCCUUCAGAACUUUGUAGCUACCAAGAUGAUGCUGAAUCUAUUAAUGAGAAGGAAGCUGUAGAUUUACCAAUUCCAACUUGGAAGUCAAGGAAGGAUUCUACAGAACCAAAGACAUAUAUUCAAAGUGUUGAGAAGAAAACAAAUAAUGUCAUUCACAAUGGAAACGACAGCUCAUCUGAGGGUAGUGCUACAGUUUCAAGUUUGAUAGACCAAAAGACACCUGUAUUACAGCCAAAUUCUGAGAACUGUAAUGUUGUUUAUGACCAACUAGUCAAUGGGCACAGUGACCUAGAUCAGACAUCAUCGAAAUCAUCAGAAACACCUUUGGACAGAGUGGCAAGUGAAACAAGGACAGAAAAUGGGUCGGUGUUACCAGUUUUACAGAAUUGUCAUGAUGUACCCCAAAAUAAUGCUGCUGCCUCACAAUUACCUUCUAAACCAAAUCCACCAACAGAGAAUACUUCAUAUGGUGUCAUCUUAACAAAACCCUAUGUUAGACCAUUGCCUCCAAGUUACCUUGAUGAGCGAUACAUUAGCAUGCCAAAACGUAGAAAAAUUUUGGCUGAUAAAGUAGAUGCUCAUUCUGAACAAGAUGAAUUUUGUAGCAAAACAACAGAAAGAUUUAGAUGUGGCAACUGCUUGACCAUCUACUGUAAUUCAGAAGCACUUGAGGCUCACCUUGCACAAAAGAAGUGUCAGACGCUCUUUGGAUUCGAUUCAGAUGAUGAAAGUGCCUGAUUCACUGUUGUGGGAAAAUGUAUCAGAGGAGUGGUGUAAGAAAACACUACGUGAAGAAGCAUCAAUUCGUUUCCCAGUUGGCCUUAAUCAUAAUGCAGUCUCAAAUUACUAAAGAAAAGAAACAUGACCUUGGUAAAGACAAAGCACAUUUUCUAGACAAAACUCACAGAGGAAUAAUAGGAGCUCUGCAGGUCUUGAGUCCAGAAAGACUGCUACAAAAUCCCCAAAGUACCAGUUAUCCUAAAAGCCACAUUCAUUCCAAAUCUGUGAUUGAAACUUAGCGGCACGGUUGUAUUGUCUUGCCACCUAAAAAUGUUUUGUUUGGGAUACAGAGAGCUGAAAAUUCUAAUGUGAUUGUAGGCAUGGAAGCUGUAGUGGUGAAAACUGGUGCGUUACAUACAGAUGGAGUCAUCACAGAAAUGUAGGACAGCAAAGACCAACUGUUCCUGCUCAGCUAGUUUGCUUACUGAAUACUUCAUCACACUGCAUGUAUGGCAAAAUAAGGUGAUAACUUGCUUGAAUCAACAGAUAUAUAAAAACUUAAUGAGAGGAAAAAAGAGGAAAAAACAAAAAGGUACUUAAGAUCUGUUCAUUGUAGCAAUGGCUCACACUUGCAAACCUAAAGGUUUAAUUGUAAAAUAAGCUGUUAAGUAGUUCUGGAACUUAAACUUAAUAACUCAGUAAUGCCUCUGCUAAUAAUCCUCUGUGAAAUUAAACAGAUAUUUGCAUUAGUUCUGCUUCCUUUUCCCUUCCUGAGAGGUAAAAAAAGAAUGCAAAUUUCAAAUCAUGCUUUUGAAUUCUAGAACAUUCUUGCCUUAAUUUUGGGUUGGAUUAACAUAGAAGGUUAUAAAAUUAUGAUCACAGAUAUGUGUGCAUUACAUUAAUAGAGACAGUUCGCCCACUUUCAGAGAUCUGUAUGAUGUUUGAGGCACCAAAGAAUUAUUUUUUGCAGUUGCAAAAAAAAAAAAAAUUGAUUUAAAGGCAUCAUUCAUUAUAUAUACAUAUAUACACACACUAUAUAUAUAUUUACAUAUAUAAAUACAUUUAAAUUUUUUAAACAUUAAUGGGAACCUUAUCAGCCAAAUGCACUUUCACAUUUUUUGCUUUCAAGUUACCAACCAACCUGUAAGGACCCAGUUGUUAUUUUGAAUGUUCCCAGGCUCCCCUUUCUAUGUUCAAGAUUGCUAAUCUAGUUAAAUUUGCUUAAACGUACUUGGAAAAACAAGGUUAAUUUCUAAGUAUUACAGUUUUAAAAUUCUGAAAACUCAGUCAGUAGAUACAACAAAAAUUUCUGUGUAAAGUCUUUUAAAUGUACCUUUAAUCUUUGGUGCUUUUUUGCUUUCUCCUGGAGCUCCAUGUGUUUCAAGAGGCUUUAGAAACAUGAUUGAGAAUUGUGUUUUUUUGGUUUAAAGUGUGUAUAUAAGUGCAUCUGUGUACAUGCAUAGACUGUGACCAUAAUUUUUUGUACCUGCAUUAAACUCAUUUUUGUUCAAAGAUGCUUUUCUUGGACACCACCAUUUGUUAAUACCAUGUGUUCAGUAUAUACACUGUGGGGAACUGGAAAACUGAAUUCUUACAUAGGUAAACAUGAGCAUCACCUAACCACCUGUCAGAAAUACACUAAACUGACUUAAAGUGGCGAGUGGGUGGUAACUUUUUGUUUUAAGUUAUGAUUUUAACUUCUGAAGACAUUUCGUUUUCUUUAAACUACUCUGAUACCUGGUAUUCUCAGAUACUUGCAGUAUUAAACAACUUUAAUUGGGAGCAAAAAGCUAAUCAUAAUUCAUAAUGUGUAGGUGAUAAUUCUACAUUCUUUUAGUAUGUUGAGUACUGUAGCCCUGUACUAGGCCUGCAACUUCUAGGGCUGAAAAUUUUCCAAAUCCAGAAUUCAAAAUUCGUUGGGGGUUUUUUGGUGUUGUCUUUUGUUUCUUCUUUUCCCAGGCAUUAAGCAUUGUAUGAUACGAUUGGAAGUACUUCUUCAAGAUCUGUCACUUUGAUUCAAUAAAUACAGAAGUACAUGUGUAAUAUAAGCAUGCAAGUAUUUAAAAGCUGCCUGCAGUUAUACAUGAGCUUAGGAGCUUUGUUGGAUCAAAGUUUGUCCAUUUCAUUGCUGAUAAUCGUAUUCUAAUAACAUUCCUCCAGGUGGCUGUUGCUUGGAUUUAGACUUUCAUUUUUAGACUGUCUGCUCUAACCUGAACCUCACAGUUCCCUGUAAAGGUCAUGUAAGUUCUAAUUUUCAAACAGUUGCCGCUUGGUAGGCACCUUUCACAAAAAAAAAAAAAAGACAUGCUGAAAAUAGGUUGAAAGUGGUCAUAUCUGUGGAGAAAGGUCACUGGUACUUUGGUUAUUUAGCCAUAUUCAUUAAACUAUAUAAAUUGUAUAGUUUGGAUAAUUUAUAACAUUAAACUUUGUGAUUUUAAUAUCACAUUGAAGGUUCGGCUGUACUCGUUUCUUUUAUUGUUUAACACCAGUGGUAUGGACAAAAGACUCAAAGGGGGGUGGUAGUGUUACUAUUUUCUUAAUUUAUUUGGUACUGUAUAACACCUUUCUGAAUAAAUGCAGUGUAUGCAUUUUGGGACUCUGUUAAUUUGUAAAAGCUGUUACAGGUUCAGCAAGAAAGGAAAUUUGUGCUUCCUUGUUGAAUGUUAAAUUAUUUUACUUUGCAUUUUAUAUAAGAGUACAAAUUAAAACUGAGCCAUCAAACUGCAAUAAAUCAACAGUAGUGUUUCAUUUUAAAACCUUUUUGUACUGUACAUAGAUUUGUUCAAUAAAACAUUGUCUUUG